GGAUGCAGCUUCUUAUUGUUACCCUCGCAACCAUCGUCGCCUUUGCAACCGCGACAUCUCCAGAAGAAGUCAAAAAGAAUGCUGUGGCAGCAUUGGAAAGCGUUCCAGUCGGCACGACUCCUGACAAAAUCCAAAACGGCAAGGACUUCUAUAAGCACUUUUUCACUCACCAUCCAGAAACUCGCAAAUAUUUCAAAGGUGCUGAAAGCUUCACUGCUGAUGACGUCCAGAAUACCGACAGAUUCGUCAAACAGGGGGCCAAUCUGCUCACUGGAGUCCACGUUCUCGCCAACACCUAUGACAAUGUAACCUCAGCCUUCCGUUCCGCUUUGAUUACAAAUGAAAUUUCCCAUUUCCAGGACAUGGUCUUCCGAGCAUACGUUCGUGAUCUGAUGAACCGACACACUACGAAGGAAAUUGAUCCCAAGCAGUGGAAGGAUUUCUGGACUUGCUUUGAAGACUUCCUCGAGGGCCGUGGAAAACCAUUGACUGCUGAACAGAAGGCUGCAUUCGAGGCGAUUGCCACCAAAUUCAAUGAGGAAGCUCAGAAACAUCUCGCAAGCCUCGGUCUUCCUCAUCUGUCACAACUUGGCUUCUUCAGGAUGGCUCCAGAGGAUGUCAGAAAGAACGCUGUUGCUGCACUGGAAAGUGUACCAGUUGGCACGACCCCUGACAAGAUUCAAAAUGGCAAGGACUUCUACAAGUACUUCUUCACUAAACAUCCAGAGCUUCGCAAAUAUUUCAAAGGGGCUGAAAGCUUCACUGCCGAUGACGUUCAGAAUACCGACAGAUUCGUCAAACAGGGAGGCAAUCUGCUCACUGGCGUGCAUGUUCUCGCCAAUACCUUUGACAAUGACAUGGUCUUCCGCGCAUACGUUCGCGACUUGAUGAACCGACACACUUCGAAGGAAAUUGAUCCCAAGCAGUGGAAGGACUUCUUCGGUUGCUUUGAGAAGUUCCUUGAGGGCCGGGGUAAACCACUAACUGCUGACCAGAAGGCUGCAUUGGAGGCGAUUGGCACCAAGUUCAAUGAAGAAGCUCAGAAACAUCUCGCAACUCUUGGACUCCCUCACGCUUGA